CGCGCGACAGUCAUAGCGAGCCUGACUGACUGAAGAUUGAGGCGGUUAAAAAAACGAGAGCAGGACAAAUAAACCAUUGAAAACGCGUUUUAGGAAAGAAGAAAAUUAACAUUCAUCCGAAAUUACACGACGGAAAGAUGCCGUUUACGCACACUGAGGUAAUGCGGACUCAAAGAUGAGGAAAAACAACAUUUGUGUGUACUUCAUUGUUUCUUCAUUCGAGAAAACCAAAUCAACAUGAUGCCAACUUUGAUGGACACACAGCAGCUUGAAUACACAUCAUCAGCUUGGAUAUAUUGUAAGGAAGUUGUGCAAAUUCUGGUUGCUUUUGUUGACUGAGACUGGAAAAAUUCCUGAGGUUCUCCUGGCGGACGUUAUGCUUAUUUCAGUGCCUACAAUUAAUAGGAAUCCUACUAUAAAGGGCUGUCAUUUCCAUUGGUUACUGACCCAAAGGACAUAAAGAAUCAGCAAGGAAGACCCUGAGUCCCUCAUCAGUUUCAUUGAAUCAAGAGGUCAAGUCAAUCCGCUCAAAGUCAGACUACUCAGACCUGGGAGGCAAAGGACAAUGAUGUAUACUCACUAGAUGGGCUUGUGAAGCAACAAAGGACAAGAAAAGGACAAGAAAUUAGUGGAUUUGUUUUGGAAAAUCGGUUUAAGAGACUGAGUGGGAUACAUUGUCAGGAACUAUGGCCACAGAGAGCCUUAUUGAACUCCGUGAUUGGUUGUUUCUACUUCUCCUGUGCUUGACGUUAUUGGUCGAAGUCCUCGAGUUUGCUGCGGCAACAGCGGCUGCUGCCGAGGCAGCCCUUGGAGAGGCAGAGCUUCAGGGAGAAGUGCCAUGUCCCUCUGCUUGCAGGUGUGAUGAUGGCUUCAUUUACUGCAAUGAUCGUGGCUUGAGUAUCAUCCCCCCAUUACCGUUAACAGCAGCUGUGCUCUAUUUGCAAAAUAACCGAAUAGACAAUGCUGGGCUACCAACAUCCUUAGAGCGAAGACUAACUGUCCGAGUUGUUUACCUUUACGAUAACGAACUCGAUGAUUUUCCGACACAUCUGCCUCCAUCUCUACGGGAACUUCAUCUUCAGGAUAACAACAUACGAACUUUACCUCGUUCUGCUCUCGCACGUCUCCCAUUGCUGGAGAAGCUUCACAUGGAUGACAAUUCGGUUUCGACUGUAAGUAUAGAAGAUAAAGCAUUCGCCAACAACCCAAGGCUGAGACUUCUGUUCUUGUCACGUAACCACCUCUCUAGCAUACCAUCGGGGCUUCCAGCAUCGCUUGAGGAACUCAGACUGGAUGAUAAUCGAAUUUCCACUAUUCCAACGCAUGCAUUCCGAGGACUGUCCUCUCUAAGACGUCUCUUCCUUGAUGGAAAUCUGCUGGCAAAUCAACGAAUUGCAGAUGACACAUUCUCACGCCUGUCUAACCUAACAGAGCUCUCUCUGGUUCGUAACUCGCUCCAGGCACCGCCCUUAAACCUUCCAAGCACACAUCUUCUUCGACUCUAUCUACAAGACAAUGCCAUAGCCCACAUGCAACGAGGAUCCCUGGAUGGCAUGCGAAGAUUACAGAAGCUGGACAUAUCAGGCAACAAUUUAACAACUCUUCCAAGAGGUUUGUUUAAAGACCUGGACAGCCUCUCGCAGUUACUUGUUCGAGGGAACCCCUGGUACUGUGGCUGUAACCUUCGUUGGCUCCAUGACUGGUUGCACGAGCGUGGGUCAUCAGUGACAGUAAGAGGUUUAACUUGCCAUGGACCAGAGAGAGUAAGAGGCAUGGCACUAAAGGACCUUAGCAGUCAUUUGGAUGAGUGUGAAAUGAGUGUAGACAGUGCUGGAGGGAUGGUUGGAAAUGAUGGAGGAAAAAAAGAUCUAGGCAAUUAUCCAACACAAGUACCAGGCACGACAACCCCUCCACUUCCCCAAGGGUCUCUUUUCACCCUCAGAUCCAGACGACCGGGAUACAAGUAUUCUGACAUGGGACAGGAUAGUCUUGGUGGAAGUGGCAAUGUGGGUAAAUCGUUAUUAAUAAGUGUGAAACCACUCACACCAGAGACAGUUCAUGUAACCUGGCAUACUGCACACCCAGUUGCUUCCUUCAGGCUUUCCUGGCUACGACUAGGAAACAGUCCUGCAAUGGGCUCAAUCACAGAAACACUUGUGCCAGGGGAUCGACGUGAGUAUUUACUCACACAGCUGCAUCCCCAAUCAACUUAUAUAAUUUGCUUGGUGCCUCUCUCUGCAAAUGAAGGUAAAAGAACGUCCUUCGCAGCAGCAGGAGGGUUAAACAUGAACACAAACUCAGAGCACGAGCAUCCUGCUUGUGCCAAAACAGAGACAGAUCCCCUGGAGCAGCCUAUUUCAGACCAGGAGAGCGACCGAGGAGGUGACCAAUUAUCAGCCUUACCACUUGCUGGAAUUAUUGGAGGUGCGACAGCAUUGGUCUCUUUGUUCUUAAUUUUUGGCAUCUUCUGUUGGUACGGACACCGUGCGGGGUAUCUUGCCGCAGGUGACAAUUCCAUCUACGGAAGGGAUGGUGGAUCACGGGGUGCCAGCAAACAUUAUGAUGACUAUGUAGAAUCUGGUACUAUAAAAGACACUUCAAUAUUAGAGAUCAGGGCUCAUGGUUUUCAAAUGACACCAAUGCCUGCCCAACAGCCGUUGCAGCCCAAGGCAAAAGUAGAGGAUAUGACUUAUAUCCAUACUAUUUUUCCCUCUAAUAAUACAACUCUUUAUAGAAGCACUCUCAACCACACUGGAAAUCCAGGUUAUGGAACAAACCGAGGGUACAGAGAAGGGGGAAUACCAGACAUAGAUUACUCAUACACGUGAUAGCCUUUUUUUAACCCCUGCCUAUUCUUUUCCUGUCUUCAGGUAAUGGAGUUUGGUAAGGGUUAGUUUUCCCUAGGUUCCAAAGUAGGGGUGUGCCGAUUCUGUGGGGACCUUUUUUUAAACUAUCGCACUCAUAAUGUUACUACUGGAUAGUGGAUUUUUUAUCUAAAUAUUUAUAUUUAACAUAGCAUAGUUUUAAUACUAUUGGAGCAUUGGUAUAACAUUGUCGUUUUACAUGUCAGUCAAUAUAAAAUAAACAAAAUAAUUAUAAUAAUUCAAUAAUCAAAAUCAAGGUUAAAUCUUGAUUUUGUACAUUUAAAUGUACAAUUUAUGGAAUUAAAAUAAACAUCAACUUUAAAGAUGCCAUUUCACAAACAAAUUUAAUCUGGCCUUCCAAAAAGAACUGAUAACACUUUACAAAAAGGUUCCAUUCAUUAACUAACAAAAAGCAGUUUAUAUUUAUACACUGUAAAAAAUUAUUUGCUGCCUUAUUUUUUUGUUGAAUCAACUCAGAUUUAAAAGUAAUUUCAACUUACUAUUAUUUAUUUUGACUAGAUAUGAGUUGUUAUAAUUUAAAUAAUAUAAUUGAAAAAAGUCAACAUUAUUUAAUAUAUUAUAGCAAUUUAUCUCUUGUCAACAUAAAUAAUAGUAAGUUGACAUGACUUGUAAAUCUGAGUUGAUUCAACAAAAUCAUUUAAGGCAGCAAAUAUUUUUUACAGUGUAGCAUUUAUUAAUCUUAGUUAAGUUAAAACCAAUAAAAAAAUGUAUUUGUUCAUGUAAAUUCAUUGCGCUUUCACUAAUGUUAACAAAUUUAAUGUUUACUUUUUAAAAAUGUAUUACUGAUUGUUGAAAUUAACAAGAACUAAGAUAAAAAAUGCUUCAGAACUUAUUCUCAUUGUUAGUUCAUGUUCAAUAAGUUAUAUUAAAGAGGACAUUUCACAAGACUUUUUUAAGAUGUAGAAUAAAUAUUUGUUGUCCCCAGAGUACGCAUGUGACGCUGUAGCUCAAAAUACCACAUAGAUAAUUUAAUAUAGUUAAAUUUGCCACUUUGUAGGUGUGAGCAAAAAUGUACCAUUUAGGGUGUGUCAUUUUAAAUGAUCUCUGCACUAAAUGGCAGUGCCGUGGUUGGAUAGUGCAGAAUAAGGGGCUGUAUUAUUUUAAUAAGAUCCCAUUCUGACAUCACAAGGGAAGCCAAAUUUCAUUGACCUAUUUUUUCAAAUAAGAGAACGGUUUACCAAAACUAAGUUACUGGGUUGUUCUUUUUCACAUUUUCUUAACUGAUAGAAGCACUGUGGACCCAAUUAUAGCACUUAAACAUGAAAAAAAAUCAGAUUUUCAUGAUAUGUCUCCUUUAACAAAAUGGAACCUUAUUGUAAAGUGUUAUCAAAGUUUCUUAUUUUAAUUAAUUUAGUAUUUUAAUUACAGUAAGGACUAUGUACUACAGUACAUUAGUACAGUAAAGAAAAAAGUUGGUUAUAAAGAAAAAGGGAAACAUGAAAUGAUUGUGAUAUGUGAAUGAAGCAGGUUUUCAUUCGGCACACCCCUAUUCCAAAGUACCCCUUUGUGCCUCCUCCAGUCCAUUUUCAAAACAAUGUUUUUAAAGGGCAAACGACCCUCUUGAACAAACAUGCUCAUCUUUAAUAGUCAGAAAGUGCCAGGGAUACCACUCUUGGUGUUGAUGUUAAACAAUAUUCGGAAGAUAAACAGUUAUUGCUCUUAGUACCAAUGAUUAUCGGUUUCCUAAAACUAGCUGGGUUAGCAUGAUGAAGGGACCAGGUCCAUAUAGAUAUAGUUUUACUACGUGGAUUGUACAGUGUUAUAUAUAUAUAUAUAUAUAUAUGUGCACUGGAUAAACUCACGCCUUUCCAUUUUGAGAGACACUGACAGUAAGAUGAAAAAAGGCAUUUCUGAGGGGUGUUAUUCAAAUUCUGUAUUUCAGUUCACUCGCACUAUUUUUUGAGCUUUUCCUUUAUUCUCUCUAUUUCUUUUGCACGCGAAACGAGGACUUUGUUCCCGACCCAGGGAGCUGACAGUGGUGAUAAUGGUUUUGACAAUGAAAGGCCUCAAAUUGCUACUGGGUUUCUUUUCUUUUAAUGAGAGUGAGAAAAGUGGGAGAGACAAAAGCAAGUGCAGGAAAGAGAUGAAGGCGGAGAGAGAGGUUUCAUGUUCACAAAGCAAAAAAAAAACAACAGACAUAAAAGUGGAUAUCUUAUGUCUGCAAAAAAAAAACACAUAUUCCAUUCACCACAUGAAGAAGGUUUAAGAACCAAACAAUUUAUGAAGCUUUGUAAAUUCACCUCAACAACAGGCAACCACAUUGAAAUGAUGUUUCCACGAAUAAGGUUCAAGGAGUUUCAGGCCUUGAAAAUAUUUGACAUCAUUACACUAAAUAAAAAGAGGCACUUAAAGACAAUCAUUAGGGGGGACCUCUAAUUGAUGAAUCAAUCCAAACUGACAGGCUGACAUAGAUAACAUUCAGUUUAGUAAUGAAGCGAGCUAAAGGGCAGGGAUUGUUGAGUCUUUUGGGGAGUAUCAAAACUACUAAAUAAUCAAAAUCAUCGAAGUAGAAUACAAAUUGUUCGCAUUACACAUUCACAUUACACUUUUUGUGUGUGAAACCCUGUGCGUGUCUAUACCCCUGAGGUGCAGGAAAACCAGAAAUCAGGGAUUAAUAAAAAAUGUAACACUGUGAACCUUUGCAUCUUGUGUGUGGGCCAUAAAGGGAGAGACAGAACAAAGGUCUUUAACUGAUUAAAGACAAUCCACUUUUUUCACACUCUGACUCUGUGACUUUACCGCAUUAGCCAGGAGAGUUGAAAAGUAGGAGCACCGAAAGAAUAUCCGUACCGGAUCUGGGAUUUUCCAGCCUUUUCUGAUGCAUUUUAAAAGCAAGUAGUACAUGUAAAUGACUUUUUCUCUGGUUCUAGAUACAGAAUACCAUCAUGAUGAAUAGUAAAUGAAGCUUGCUAUCUUUUUCAUUGAUAUAUGUAUAAUUAAAAGUUGUGAUGAAAUGCAUUAUUCAUGUGUACUUAAUGAGAUGUAAAAAUACAAUGCAUAAUUUGGGGUUAAUGUUUGAUAUUUUUUUAUAUAUUUUACAUCCUUGAAACUAAUAAUGAAUUCAUUUUACAUAUUUUAGAGAAAAUCCUUUUAAAUCCCAUUAUGGACCUGCAUUUAUAUAAAGACAAAAGGGUCUCAAUUAUAAUACAUUUUACAAAACGCUAUUCAAAAAGCACAGAUAACAUUUUAAAA